GAGGCCCGAGCUUCCGCAUCGAGAUUUGGUGGCUGAGGAAGGGACCCAGAGACUCCUUGAACAACAAAACGAAGGCAAGUCAAAAUGGUUUCAAUCCCAGAAUACUAUGAAGGCAAGACUAUCCUCCUCACAGGAGCUACUGGUUUCUUAGGGAAGGUGCUUCUGGAAAAGUUGCUGAGAUCUUGUCCUAAGGUGAAUUCAGUCUAUGUUUUGGUGAGACAGAAAGCUGGACAGACACCGCAAGAGCGUGUGGAAGAAAUCCUUAGUGGCAAGCUUUCUGACAGGUUGAGAGAUGAAAAUUCAGAUUUUAGAGAGAAAAUUAUACCAAUCAACAGUGAUCUCACCCAACCUAAACUCGCUCUCAGUGAAGAAGAUAAGGAGGUCAUUAUAGAAUCUACCAAUAUCAUAUUCCACUGUGCAGCUACUGUAAGAUUUAAUGAAAAUUUAAGAGAUGCUGUUCAGUUAAAUGUGAUUGCUACAAGACAGCUUAUUCUCCACGCACAGCAAAUGAAGAAUCUGGACGUGUUCAUGCAUGUGUCAACAGCGUAUGCCUACUGCAAUCAAAAGCAUAUCGAUGAAGUAGUUUAUCCUCCCCCUGUAGAUCCCAAGAAGCUGAUUGAUUCUUUAGAAUGGAUGGAUGAUGGCCUAGUAAAUGAUAUCACACCAAAAUUGAUAGGCGACAGACCUAAUACAUACAUCUACACCAAGGCACUGGCAGAAUAUGUUGUACAACAAGAAGGAGCAAAGCUAAGUGUUGCCAUUGUAAGGCCAUCAAUUGUUGGUGCCAGUUGGAAAGAACCUUUUCCAGGAUGGAUUGAUAACUUUAAUGGACCAAGUGGUCUCUUCAUUGCGGCUGGGAAAGGAAUUCUUCGAACAAUGCGUGCCUCCAACAAUGCCCUUGCAGAUCUUGUUCCUGUAGAUGUAGUGGUCAACACAAGCCUUGCUGCAGCCUGGUAUUCUGGAGUCAAUAGACCAAGAAACAUCAUGGUGUGUAAUCGCACAACAGGCAGCACUAAUCCUUUCCACUGGGGGGAAGUUGAAUACCAUGUAAUUUCCACUUUCAAGAGGAAUCCUCUCGAACAGGCCUUCAGACGGCCCAAUGUAAAUCUAACCUCCAAUCACCUUUUAUAUCAGUACUGGAUUGCUGUAAGCCAUAAGGCCCCAGCAUUCCUGUAUGAUAUCUACCUCAGGAUGACUGGAAGAAGCCCAAGGAUGAUAAAAACAAUCACCCGUCUUCACAAAGCCAUGGUGUUUCUUGAGUACUUCACAAGUAACUCUUGGGUUUGGAAUACUGAUAAUGUCAAUAUGUUAAUGAACCAAUUAAACACUGAAGAUAAAAAGACCUUUAAUAUUGAUGUAAGGCAGCUACAUUGGGCAGAAUAUAUAGAGAAUUACUGCAUGGGGACUAAAAAAUAUGUAUUGAAUGAAGAGAUGUCUGGCCUCCCUGCAACUAGAAAGCAUCUGAACAAGUUGCGGAAUAUCCGUUAUGGUUUCAAUACUAUCCUUGUGAUUCUUAUCUGGCGCAUUUUUAUUGCAAGAUCACAAAUGGCAAGAAACAUCUGGUACUUUGUGGUUAGUCUGUGUUACAAAUUUCUGUCAUACUUCCGAGCAUCCAGCACUAUGAGAUACUGAAGACCAAGAGUUUAGCAUUAGAACAUCUAUGCAUAUGGUGAUGUAAAUGCACAAAAUGUAAAAUGUACCUAAGUCAUCUCACCUUUUGUUAAGACAUUAAACCAUCUUAAGUUUGA